UAUUUGGCUCGGUUGUAGAUGCGUGUUUUCUGUAGUUGACCUAGAAAUUGCACAUCUUUUUGGGUUUUCAUGUUGGAAUGCUUUGCUCAAGAUCUAUUUAAUCUGUCUGAGUUUUUGUGUUGUUGGAGGCCUAAUUGAUUUGUAUUUUUAUCGAUUGUUGCCAACGAUUGGGUUCUAUCAAACUCGCUCCACGGUUCUGAUUUUUUCGGAGGGCGGGGGAUCGUGAAUAUUUCUGAGGUGUACAAGUUGCAUGUUGGAUGGAUGAUGACUGUUCCAAUGGAUAGCCCAUCUGCUCCCACUUCACAGGAGCUUGCACAACGCCUCUUCAAGAAGAAUAUUGAAUUAGAAAAUGGCUUGCGGAAGUCAGCACAAGCAAAAAUUCCAUCAGAUCCAAAUGUGUGGCUCCAAAUGCGUGAAAAUUAUGAAGCCAUUAUCCUUGAAGAUCAUGAAUUUUCAGAGAAACAUGAGGUAGAGUUUAUGCUCUGGCAGUUGCACUACAGGAGAAUUGAGGAGUUCAGAUUGCACAUCAAUGCUGCCAAGUCGACAGGAUUAACUGGAACCCAAGUUGGUCGAGGAUCAGCAAGACCGGAUCGGAUUAAGAAAAUCCGAUCUGCUUUUAAAAGUUUUCUUUCUGAGUCAACUGGAUUUUACCAUGACCUGAUACUCAAGAUUCGGGCAAAAUAUGGUCUACCUUUGGGAUACUUUUCUGAGGGCACUGAGAGCCAAAUUAUUCUUUCAAAAGAUGAAAAAAAAUCAGGUGAGAUGAAGAAAGGUUUAUUAUCUUGUCAUCGCUGUCUAAUUUAUCUUGGGGACCUUGCUCGAUACAAAGGCCUGUAUGGGGAGGGCGACUCUGUCAUUCGUGAAUAUACUGCUGCUUCUAGUUAUUAUAUGCAGGCAGCUUCCCUUUACCCUUCAAGUGGCAAUCCGCAUCAUCAGUUGGCUAUUUUGGCUUCAUAUUCAAAUGAUGACUUGGUUACCACAUACCGGUAUUUUCGAAGUUUGGCUGUGGAUAAUCCUUUCUCAACAGCACGGGACAAUUUAAUUAUUGCGUUCGAGAAGAAUCGCCAAAAAGUAGCACAACUUCCUAGUGCUAAAACUGCUGCAUCAAAUGUGUUUCCUCCACGAUCAACUGGUAGAGGUAGAGGCCGUGGUGAUGCUAGGCUUCUUGCAAAAGACAGAAAUAUGGAAUCUCCUAUCAAAGAGCAGGAACUUAGCACGGCAGAUAUUUUUAGCGCCUUCUCCACUCGUUUUGUUAGACUCCAUGGAAUUCUAUUUACACGGACUAGCUUGGAAACUUUUGGAGACGUAUUUUCAUCAGUGAUAAGUGAUUUGCAUGAACUUUUAGCUGCUGGUCUUGAGGAAGCAUUUAAUUUUGGUAUUGAUGCCGUUGAAAAUGGUCUGUUUAUUGUGAGGCUUGUGUCUAUACUUAUAUUCACGGUGCAUAAUGUGAAUAGAGAUGCUGGAGGCCAGUCAUAUGCUGAGAUCUUGCAGCGGUCAGUGCUGUUUCAAAAUGCUUUUACAGCUUCAUUUGAGUUUGUUGGACAUAUCCUGAAAAGAUGCAUUGAACUAAGUGAUAUUGCUUCAAGCUUUCUCUUACCUGGUAUUAUGGUUUUCAUUGAGUGGCUAGCGUGCCACCCAGAUAUUGCAGCAGGAUUUGAUGUUAAAGAAAAACAAGCCACUGCUAGAACAUUUUUCUGGGAUCAGUGUGUAGCCUUAAUGAAUGCACUUUUGUCUAGUGGCCAUGGUUACGUAGAUUCAUACGAGGAUGAAACAUGUUUUUCUGAUAUGAGCCGCUAUGAGGAAGGAGAAAUUGGUAACAGGCUUGCGUUGUGGGAGGAUUUUGAGUUGAGAGGAUUUCUUCCUCUAGUGCAAGCACAUCUCAUUUUGGACUUUUCAAGAAAGCCUUCUAUUGGCGGUGAUGGAACUAACAGGGAAAGAAGGGCUCGGGUGCAAAGGAUAUUUGCUGCUGGAAAGGCUCUGAUGAAUGUGGUUAGAAUUGAUCAGCAGGGAUUUUAUUUUGAUCGGCUUCUCCGGAAGUUUGUCUUUGGCAUUGAGCCUCCUGCAUUUGUUGGUGAUAUGCAUGCUGGUUUUGCAGAUGCUCAUGAGCAAAAUGUUUUAAACCAUGCUAGUUCAGUUGAAAGCAUAAGCAAUUUAGGAGGGUCACAAUCAAGCGUGACUGAUUUUGGAUUAGCUCCAGUAAAAGCACUUGUACAUGUAGAUGGAGAAGAAGAUGAAGAAGAAAUUGUUUUCAGGCCAGCUGCAAACGAGAAAUUUCCCAACAUUGUUGUUUCAACGCCUGCUUAUGAAACUGUUCAGCCUGUGCAUGUCGCCUCCUUUCCUUCCGCUGACACUAGGUUGUCAAAUGGUAUUGGUAUGCCACACUCCUUUUCUUUCGCGGACACUCAGUUGUCAAAUGAGCUGAAUGCCAGCAGCCAACAGAGAACUUCCAUGCCCAUCACUUCUUCCCAGCCUUUGUUGAACUUGGAUAUCAAUACAUCAAAAUGGCUUAUGGAGAAAGAGGCCAUGUUAUCCGAUAGAUUCAAGAAUAUGAACAUUGGGAAUGGUUUGAUGUUUCAGGGAGGCUUGAGCACUUUUAAUCCUACUACAUUUCCCCCCCCUGCUAUUCUCGGCACCUGUGGUUUGUUGUCUAAUCAAGUGAAUGUUUCAGAUACCAUUAUACCAUCUCCUCUUGAUUCUAUAGUUCCACCUGGUGGAAUUAUUACUGGCUUACCUGUGAGGACCCCAGCAGCCUUGCCAACUGUGCCUAAGAAAAAUCCUGUGAGUCGUCCAGUUAGGCAUUUUGGUCCUCCUCCAGGAUUUAGCCCUGCUUCCUCUAAGCUUGAGGCUGGGUCCAUACAUAAUUUGGCUACAAAGGAUCAGCAGCUCCUUAUUGAUGACUAUAGUUGGCUAGAUGACUAUCAGCCAUCAUCAACUAAAGCAUUGAUGGAGACCUCUGUUAGCCAUGCUUCAGUCAUGCAUCCUCAUCUUUCUGCUGACAAUAGUAAUACAUUCGUUGGUGUCACAAACUUUCCAUUUCCUGGAAGACAAACACCACUGAUGCAGAAUGAUGUAACUAAUGAGAAGCGCUGGCAGGAUUUCCAGCUUUUUGAACAUCUGAAGCCAUUUGCUGAACAGAACCUCCCUCAUACAAACUUGCGACCUGCUAAGCUGCCAGAGCAGUAUCAAACACAAUCCAUGUGGUCUGGAAAUUACUUCGUGUGAGAUCAUUCGUUUGAUGGUGACAACAGAGGCUUGUGCAGCAGCAACAAACCUGCAAGUGGGUGACUAAAGCCAUGGGCCUUUUCUCCGAUGCUGUCAUUUUAAUGUUGUUAAAGGUUCUGUUGGAUCAUGAAUGAUCUUUGGAGCGUAGCUGGUGCUUGCCCUGUAGCUGGUUGUGUUCCAGAGCUUGAACAUAUGAAGAAUACAGGGAUCAGUUAGGAAUGUUUGAUGGCAGGAAUAAAACAGGCGACCCAUAAUAUCCCUAUUUGUUCUAUUGGUCUGAGAUAUCUGUUGGCAAAUCAUUGAUGGGUUUGGUAUUUGUUGGGCUGGGCCGAGUUGCUGCAAUUUGUAGCUAGCCCUCCAUCUGUUAGAUUCCAGGUCUCAAUUUACUGUUGAAGGAUAUGGUCUCUUAUCUACCUUAGUGGCAGAGUUCAGAUUGGCUUUUUGUUAAGUGAAAUUUGUUGAAGUAAAGCUGCUGCUGAAGUAUUUCAGUGGGGAUAAUCACUUAUAUCAGCUUCUACUGGAUGGUCGACAAGUAGUAUAAGGAUAAUAUCAGCAUAAAAUUAAAGGACAGAAGUCCAUGCCUGCCUUUGUGGGCGAGAAACCAAUUAACUUUUAAUUUGUGUGUUUAGGGUUUAUAUGUGGAGGCUCUAUGAUGCCUUAGAAGAAGUUAUUUGAGUGCUUUCUUAUCGUUUUGCACUUUCAGUCUGCUAUUUUCCAGAUUAUUUGUUUGAAGUUUGUUAUAAGUUGUACUGAAGACUCUCUGUCAUCUUGCUAUUAACUUGUUUGAUGCAUCUUUGCUGUUUGUUUAAUGAUGGUAUGCUUAAUGUUC